GGUGAUGAAAGGUCGAAGGUUAGCGCCAUCCAAGUUCUGCAGUUUCACACGUCGUCUCAAAAACCAUCUGGUUUUCUCCUAGAAUUCCACUAUUUAAGGAUACGAUUAUGUUUCGCCAAGUAGUCACAAGAAUAGCCGGUGCUGUGAGGUCAACAGUCAUCCCAAGAAAUUUACAGCAACCACUUGCUGCAACACAAGUCAGGGGAUACUCUGCUAAGGUAGAAGAAACAGACGAACAGUUUGAUGCCAGAUGGGAAGCUUACUUCAACCGACCCGACCUCGAUGACUGGGAACUCCGACGUGGACUCAACGAACUCCACGGUCAUGACUUGGUGCCUGAACCUAAGAUCGUAGUCGCAGCACUCAAUGCUUGCCGUAGGCUCAACGACUCAGCCAUGGCCAUCAGAACUCUUGAAGCAAUCAAGGACAAGGCUGGCAGCCACAAAAACAUCUAUCCCUACGUGCUCCAAGAGAUUAGACCAACAUUAGAAGAGCUCGGCAUCAGCACACCAGAAGAAUUGGGCUUCGAUGCUCCAGAGUCAGACAAGAUCUUAUAAGGAUAGAUGGAUGUUCUCAAAGCGUGCUGUAACCUCAGGAGAUUCACAGCAUAUCCAGUUUGCAACAGAAGUGUUUCAUACCAGAAGAACAGAAUAGAUGUCUAUGUGUGUUUGAAUGUAAUUUAAUCCCAAUUGUAUACAGAUCUACUGAAACAACAAUAAAAACCACAAAUUGAGGCUAGAAGAUAUAUAUAAAAGGGGGUCAUGAUAAACGACUGAUGAUGUACGAAAACAAAAUUUGCUCUUUGAAAGACAAACAUGUGUUGACAAGAAGAAAAAAAUGAGACAGCCUCUAAUAGUAAAUUAUUAGAGCACACGAUUGUUGCAUACACUUCACAUAUCUAUGCCAGAAAUAAUAAUCGAUUCCAUUUUCUUUGAUGGACGUUAAUUGAAAAGCAAGUCUCUCUUCAUCUGAAACUCUCAUUUUCCAUAAUGUACAGAAGUUUAUAUAUUCUCUGGCGUGGUUGCUGUGGAAUCAAUUUGUGCAAAAUUGUGUGUGUGCAGUUGUCUUGUUAGCACUAUCUAAUGUGAAGAAAACAACAAAUUAUACGGUGUAAUCUUGAA